CAACGCGAGAGCACCGUGAAAUUAUGCGAAUGUGUGCGUCAGUGGCGCGCUGCUGCAGUUAUUUGGAGUUCAACUACUACUCGUCUUAUUAUACUAUGAUAGCACGGAUAAAAGGAGACCGCAUUGAGGCAAUAAGAAAAAAAUUUGAGGCUUUCUUAGAAGAGGACAAGAAGCGUAAACAGCGAAAUGAAUACAUUUUGGGAAAACUGGACAAAAUGUGUACGUGUAAGGCUCUCGUUCCACAAUAUAAGCCCAAUCUCUCUGUUGGUGCUUAUGGACCACAACUACAAGGGCGUCAGAUACCUUAUCUAGACAGGUGCGUCUCUAAUUUGGUCAUGUGCUCGUCACAUGGCGACAAUUUGAACCUUUCAAAUUUUGAAAAUAACUCGCAAAUAUUUCAAGAAAUAGUUCAAAAGUUCAUACUGAUACCUAAAAAUCAGGCUGUAAGUGAGGUUAACGUGGAGCAACCAAAACAACAACAGGCGCAACACAAAUCUGGUACGGACGAUAUUAACUGGAAAAGCAAAUAUGACAUUUUGAAUCAAUUAAAAGAAAACGACAAAGAACCAACUAAAUUAAUUACAGUUACCAACGAAAUACCAACAAAAGAACAACCAAUGAAAGAUACAAAUGAAUCAAACCGUCAUCCCGCAACUCACUCAACGCUGCCAGACGUGCACUCAGAAAAUUCCAUAUCCAUUCAAUCAUGUUACAAACCCCAAAAAUGUGACGAUAACCGCCUUGAAGGUUAUGCAGACUUUAUGAUCCAGGAACUAAGAGAAAACGUCAAUUAUGAUAUUGAUGACCAAUUCAAAACUGCAGGUACUAGUGAACAAAUUGAAUCGAACUCAGAAUCAAAGUUUGUAUAUCGCAACACACAAAUUAAACAAGCCAGUAAAGGCCACGCCGGUGAUAGCAACAGUGAAUUUUUAGACAUCCAUAAUAAUUAUAACGUUAAAUCUUUGGAACAUGAAAAUAACGAUUACCAGACAACUCAAGAAAAUGUUACGGAUAACGCUAAAUCAGAGUUUUUACUAGAUAAUAGCUCUAUUCAACAAAAAUCAUCGACUAAUGCUCUAAACGAGUUUAACAAUUCUAUGCAGCAGUAUACAGAAAAAAGUGAACAAUCUGAGUCUAUGCAACAUCCAAUAAAUGUCAUGAACCCCGAAGAAUUUACACCACGCCCCGGUGUAGUCCUAGACGAUGGAGUUAAUAUAAAUUCUAAAGAUGAACAAUCAGAGCGAACGCAAUAUCCAUUAGACGUCAUAAACUAUGAGGAGUUUAUUCCAAAUGAAAAUGUUGUGCUACAAGAUGGAGGGCAUAUAAAUUAUGAGGGAUAUAAGGAAAGUGACCAAUCAGAACGUACUCAAUACUCAACAAAUGACACAUACAACCCUGAAGAAUUCACGUCAAAUGAUGGUGUAGCCAUUGGGGAAGCAGUGAAUACAAAUCCUGAAGGAUAUGAGGAAGCUAGUAACUAUGGUACUGUAACACUAUCUCAUCAGCCUGGUAACGUAGAUGACACGGUGGAGCCUGACCUCGGGCAAACUGAAAUAGAAGAAAACCCUACAGUUAAAGGAAUUGAAGAAUUUGAAGCUGAACAAAGAGAUAUGUGGCAUGAGCCGCCGGGUGAAAAUGCAGCGUAUUCACAGGAAGCAUACGAACAACCAAAUCAGUAUUACUACGAACAAGGGCAGGAGUAUCCUGUAGAUGUGAACGAGCACGCAGAAACACAACUAAAUUACGAUCAGAGUUACCAACAACAGUAUGUUAAUCAAUACGAAGCGCAAUAUCAACAGGAAAACCAACAAUACGACCAGACACAAUCUUAUCACGAAGGUUACGAACAAAAUUAUGACGCUCAGCCGGUGUACGACGGUUACAACGAAGAAGAGUCAAAUCACCACCAACAGCAAAUACUUGGAACCCCCCAAACCAUUGAGCAGGAGUUAGAUAAGGAACAAGAUUUUGUGGAGAAAGACAUUGAAAAGAAUGAAGCACCAGACACAAACGCUCCGGAAUCGCCGGCCAAUACCGGGGUUAAGCCAAUGGAGAUGAAAUAGUUAUAGUAACAGUCCGAAAUAUUAGUAGGUAGGUACCUAAAAUUUUAAAUCGAUAAAAAUGUGGUGUAACUGUGUAACGUGAACAAGUCAUGGUAAAAGUAGCCAAGUAAAUGUUUACCACGCAACCGAUUUGUUAUCAAUAUUUACGUCACAUAUAACAUCCUCUACUGUAACGUAAGUUUUUACUAUAUAUUUAAAUCGUGAGCCGUCGACGUGUCUAGUCCGUAGUACUGACUCAAAUUCAAAUAAUUAUUGCACAUAACUUUUGUUUUUGACUUCUAACAAUUCGAUUUUUCUUUCAGCUUGUACAGGGUCAAGAGCACGUCAAGCGUGACACUUAAAACUUUAAUCCUACUCUAUGCCGCUUACGUUAAGAACGGUCCCAAGUACAAAGUGUCAAGCUUGAUGUGCUCUUGACUGUACAGUCACCUGCUAUGAAACGUAUAUGGGUAAAUUAUGCAUAAUUAGUAUUUGUUAGUGUGUGCGUCGCUGUGGUCAACCUCAUAUCUUCUCCUUUGUCUACUCGUUUCCUGUCUAUAGUAAGCUUCUAUGUAACACGGGGCGAAAUGAAUGGCUUUAUUCAUCAAGUAUAUAACCAGAAAUAGAGACGAAUUGUCAUUUAAUUUGAUUGAAACCUAUUCUGCCAUGUCAUUACUGUGACAACUGCGCC